UUCUAAAUAUUAAAAAUCUACAUUUGGGGUUCUUCCAGGUUUCCCCUCUAAUCCUCAGGAUGCAUCUGCUGGAGGCUCUUCUGCUUUGUCUGGCCGCGUGUGGGCUAAGCGAGGCUCAUACAUACUGCUCUGUGAAGGGCAAGAACAUAGCUCCAGAAGGAAAAGCCAGCCAAAUAUCUGUCUAUCAUGGGAGGCUCGGGAUUGGCACAGCUCAGUCAGCUAUUGAUGGAAAUCGGGAAGGAGUCUACAACUUGGGAUCUUGUAUCUUAACUCGCAGCGAAUCAAACCCUUGGUGGAAGCUUGAUUUCCAUAAGCCACGCAAAGUUGGAGCUGUCGUACUUGUCAAUAGGAUUGACUGCUGCUGGGAGAGACUUAUGGGUGCAGAAGUUAGAAUAGGAAACUCCAUGGACAACAAAAACCCCGUGUGCGGCACGGUCACUGAAGUGGGGCCUGGGCUUGUCACCACAUUCUGCUGUCAAGGGAUGGAAGGUCGAUACGUGAGUGUUGUCAAUCCUGGCUAUGAAGGGUUAAUGAACCUGUGUGAAGUGGAAGUUUAUCCUGAAGGAUCCCCGAGGCCAUGCUUGUAGAUUGAAGCUGGAUAUUUGAAAAUGUCACACUCCUAUGUAUGAAGAAGCAUGUCAAGUGCUUCCCAUUGGGAGAAAACCGCUAUAUAAUGCGUGUUGCUGUUCUUUUAAUCGAAAGGUAGUAAAGGCUUGAAAUUAUACAAUUUAAUCAUGAAAUGUGUUCUAUU